CUUCCAUCAAUGAAGACGAGCAGGGCAUCAUCCCGCGAGCCAUGGCCGAGACCUUCAGGCUCAUUGAUGAGAAUGACCUGAUUGACUACACGGUCCGAGUGUCCUACCUGGAAGUGUACAAGGAGGAGUUUCGGGACUUGCUGCAGGUGGAUACAGCCAGCAAAGACAUCCAGAUCCGGGAGGAUGACAAGGGGAACGUUGUGCUCUGCGGUGUGAAGGAGUCAGAAGUGGAGGGGCUGGACGAGGUGCUGAGCCUGCUGGAGAUGGGGAACACAGCCAAGCACACGGGAGCUACCCACGUCAACAAGCAGUCGAGCCGCUCACACACCAUCUUCACGGUGACCAUGGAACAGCGGCGCAGGGCCGGCCGCCUCCCCCUCCACCAUCCCCCCUCUGUCCCAGCUUCAGGCCAGGUCCUGGUUUCCAAGUUUCACUUUGUGGACCUGGCAGGCUCAGAGCGAAUUGUGAAGACGGGAAACACAGGGGAGAGGCUGAAGGAGAGUAUCCAGAUCAACAGUGGCCUCCUGGCCUUGGGCAACGUCAUCAGUGCCUUGGGAGACCCUCGGAGGAAGAGCAGCCACAUCCCCUACAGGGACUCCAAAAUCACCAGGAUCCUGAAAGACUCUCUGGGAGGGAAUGCCCAGACUGUGAUGAUAGCCUGCGUCAGCCCAUCCUCUUCUGACUUCGACGAGACUCUCAACACGCUGAAUUAUGCCAGCCGAGCUCAAAACAUCCAGAACAAGGCCGUGGUGAACUGCCGCAAGGAGACGGAGCACGUCGAAGAGCUUCACAUGCAGAUAAAGAACCUGCAGAAGACGCUGGAACAGCGGCACCGCUCCGAGACUCGUAUCAUCAACCGCUCGGCCACUGCCAAACGAUGCGCACCAGACCCCACGGCUCGGCUACUGGCAGAGUGCGCGCAUUACCGGACCUGCACCGAUGCCGCGUACCGGCUGCUGAUGGAGCUGCAGGAGGACAGUAACCUGACGGUGGAGCAGAUCCUGCGGGUUAAGGAGUGGCUGUGCACGGUGGAGAGCGAGAGGAGCGAGCUGACCUCGGCUGGGCUGGAUAGCGGCAUCGAGAGCACCUCUGCAGAAGACCAGAGUCCCGAGGCACAAGGCUCAAAGCUGGCAAAAGCCCAGGUGGACACCGAGAAGAGGCAUGAGUCCAUCAAAGAUGAGCAGGUGGCCAAACUGCAGAGGCAAGUGGAACGCCUGGAGGAGGAGAACCGUGAUUUCCUGGCUGCCCUGGAAGAUGCUAUGGAGCAGUAUAAGCUGCAGAGCGACAAGCUGCAGGAGCAGCAGGAUAAGAUCUCAGAGCUGCACGUGCGCUUGGAGAUGGCAAUGCCAAACCUGUGUGUGCCAGUGCUGCUGGAAGACCUUCACCUGGUGACCGCUGGCCAGAGACCUCACACGGCCCCACUGGAUGCUGCCCCGUCCCACAGCCUCAGUGAGGUUCCCUCGGGGCUUCUUCCCACUGAGCAGAGUGGAAGAGCCCUUUGCAGGAAGCAGCUCGACAGCAACCCCUCCUUCCAGGAGGAGGACCUGGUGGGCUGGCACCUGAACCACACGCAGUGCCCAACCGGCAAUCCAAAGGUCAAAGAUGUGGUGCUGAGGAGGGAGCUCAGCCAGGACUCAGAGGAGCCAUCAGAGCUGUCCUCAGGAGAGGAGGAAGAGGAGUGGGAACAGAAACGGUCCCUGCCCCAGCGCCGAAACAGGAUCCAAAGCUGGAGCAGGAAAGAGAUUUGCAAGUUGAACGAGGAACCGAGCGGAGGCAAUGCCCACUCGAUUCAGGAGGAGCAGCUGGAGCUGUCAAAAGAGGUCUGUAGGAGGCGGGAGCUGUUUGGUCCCUGGGGGCAGCUGCCAAGGAAGGACUCUGAGUGGAGGCUGGUGCAAGCACAGCAGAAGAUCCGAGAGCUGGCGAUCAACAUCCGCAUGAAGGAAGAGCUGAUCACGGAGCUCGUUAAGACAGGCAAGGAUGCCCAGGCUCUGAACAGGCAGUACUGCCAGAAGAUCAGCGAGCUGGAGCAGGAAGCAGAGCAGGUACGGGCAGAGCUGAACGACAGCCAGAAGCAGCUUCAGGAGCUGGAGGGCAAAGAGCCGUGGGACCCUGGGGAGAAGCGCAAGCUGCAGGAGUACCGCACACGCGUGGCAGCUGCGCAGAGCAAGGCACGGGUUCUGUGCAAGAAGAAGCAGGCGACGGAGAGGCUGGUGUCACUCUCAGCCCAGAGCGAGAAACGAGUGCAGGAGCUGGAGAGGAACAUUGAGCUGAUGCGGCGGCAGCAGGGCCAGCUCCAGCGCCGGCUGCGGGAGGAGAGCGAGCAGAAACGGCGGCUGGAGACAGAGGUGAAUAAGCGGCAGCACCGAGUCAAGAAAAUUGAGGAACAGAAGAAGUGGCUGGACAUGGAGAUGGAUAAAGUUCUCGAGCAGCGCCGGGCCCUGGACGAGCUGGAGGAUGAGCUGAGGAAGCGGGAAGCUAUUGUGGCCAAAAAGGAAGCCCUGCUGCAGGAGAGGAACGGCCUGGAGAGCAAACGACUGCGCUCCAGCCAGGCCCUGACAGAUGACAUAGUGCGUGUGUCCAGCCGCCUGGAGCGCCUGGAAAAGGAGCUGACUGAGAAGAACGGGCAGCUGCGUCACGGCAGUGCCCAUGACCAGCAGCAGAUCCGCCAGGAGAUCAACAACCUGCGCCAGGAGAAGGACCAGCUGCUCAAACAGAGGUUGGAGCUCGACAACAAGCUGCGUCAGGGCACCCUGCUGUCCCCAGAGGAAGAACGGAUCUUGUUCCAGCUGGAUGAGGCAAUCGAGGCUCUGGAUGCAGCCAUCGAGUACAAGAAUGAGUCCAUCACAUGCAGGCAACGAGUCCUGCGGGCCUCAGCCAGCCUGCUGUCCCAGUGUGAGAUGAACCUCAUGGCCAAGCUCAGCUACCUCUCCUCCUCUGAGACCCGAGCUCUGCUCUGCAAGUACUUUGACAAGGUAGUGACACUGCGAGAGGAUCAGCACAGGCAGCACAUUGCCUUCUCGGAGCUGGAAAUGCAGCUGGAGGAGCAGCAGCAGGUGGUGCACUGGCUGGAGGCGGCCGUGGAGCGCCAACGCCUGGAGAUGGACCGACAGCUUACCCUGCAGCAGAAGGAGCACGAGCAGAACAUGCAGUUACUGCUCCAGCAGAGCCGUGAGCACAUGGAUGAGGGGCUGGCCAGCAGCAAGCUGCAGUAUGAGGCGAAGAUUCAGGUCCUGGAAAAGGAGCUGAGCCGUUAUAUGUGGGCAAACCAGGAGCUGAACCAGAGACUGAGUAACAUGAACCUCCAUCCUGGACAGACCAAAGCAGCGAUGGAGAGAAGCAUUCACGGGGCGGGGGACAGAGCUCCCCCUGCGCUUGGGACCUGCGAGGAAUCCAGCCUUGGGGAACAGCCCGUGCCUCUGGUUGUCACUGAAGAAAGCCAUCGGGUCAGGGAUGAGAGCAGGGACCUGGUACAUGCCCCUUUGCCAUCGACGUGGAGGCGUUCCUCCUUGCCCAACGACAGCCCUGGGGACCUUCGGCAGAGGGAUGUGGAGCACUUGCUGAGAGCCGGGCAGCCCCACGAGCUGCACCCACCACGGACCCUCGCUCCUGCCUCCAAGCCCCGCCGGGAGCUGCGCAGAGCCAGCCUGAACGUAACUCCAGUGCCUUACCACCCAGCAAUGAUAGAUGUGAGGAAAAACCCACUGUAG